UUCCGACGCCAUCCCAUCCGAGACCCGGAGAAAUCGAUCGUAGCCCUCUUCGCUUCUAUAAGAUCACUUCUCUCUCUCGAGAGAGAGAGCCAAAAGCAAAGUUCGUUUCUUUCCCCCCCAAAAUUUUCAAUUUCUUGUUUCAAUUCCGUUAUUUUACCGUUUCACCAAACGCGCGUCGAACCCUAAAACCCUCAAUUGCUUCUUUUGGGGGGUCAAGUUUCCCCUUGGAGAUCUCUAGGGUUUCGUAUCUGAAUCUGUGGAAAACGAAAAGACUCUUCAAGCUUGUGGAAAGAGAGCUUUUCAAGACUUUUGAUGCUUUUGAUGGGUUACUGAUGUCUACAUUAAAGUAAAGCUUUUAAAAGGACUGCUUUCACUUGGAUGGGAAAGUCUCUGUAGCUAAAACUACAUAGUGACAUGGAGGCACAGAUUCAUCUACUUGAGCAGGAAGCAUAUACCGCUGUUAUAAGGGCUUUUAAAGCGCAGUCUGAUGCUAUUUCUUGGGACAAAGAGAGUUUGAUAACAGAUUUGCGUAGAGAACUAAGAGUAUCUGAUGACGAACAUCGAGAGCUUCUGAGCAGGGUCAAUAAGGAUGAUACCAUUCAACGGAUAAGAGACUGGAGACAGGGAGGCGGAAGCCAAGUCCCUUCUAGACAUGCAACUAAUCAGGGUUUUGAUGUUGGUCCUAGUCCAACUUUCUCAGCUUCCCGGAAGAAACAGAAGCCAUUCCAAUCUUUUCCAUCAUUUGGUGCGGCUGGGAAUAGGUCAUUCAAUAGUCGCGUUGUAUCCGGUGGCAUUUCAGCAAAUGAAUCUGCUGAAGCACUUAUCGGAAGAAAAGUAUGGACAAAAUGGCCUGAAGAUAACAACUUUUACGAAGCAAUUAUAACCCAGUACAACGCAGCUGAGGGUCGGCAUGCUUUGGUGUAUGAUAUACACGCAGCAAAUGAAACGUGGGAAUGGGUUGAUCUGAAGGAGAUUCCUCCGGAAGAUAUAAGGUGGGAUGGAGAGGAGAGUGGGGUAGCUUUACACGUUGGACCUGUAAGUGGAUCAAUCCGUGGCAACCGAAGGUACCACCAAGGCCAUAUUGGUAGAGGGAGAGGACCAAGAAUUCAUCAACCGAGAAGAGAAUUUUUACCAACACAACAGAAUGGUGAUGGUGGUGUUGACCGGAUAACUUCAUCUGAUGAUAUUGAAUUGUUCAACACUGAUUCGCUUGUGAAGGAGGUGGAGAGAGUUUUCGAUUCUGCGCAUCCUGAUCCUUUUGAGCUUGAUAAGGCCAAGAAAAUGCUCAAGGAACAUGAGCAGGCGCUUAUUGCUGCCAUUGCAAGGCUUGCGGAUACUUCUGAUGGUGAAAUCGAUGGAGAUCCACCAGAUUCGCAUGACCAUCCAAUGCCACAGGGAUGAUGGAAAAGCUGUCUGUAAUAUUAAUGGUGUUUGGUUGGUCUGUCAUCAACCCAAGGACUCUGGAUGUAGAAAUAAAAAUUUGUGCUCAUCUGACAGAAGAAUAUGGGAGAUUGAUUUAGUCAAGUCUUGUUUCAAAAUUGUGAUCAGCAAAAUGUAAGAAAAAAUUGUUUAGGAAUGUGGGAGUAGGGAUUUGAGGCUGUAUGCACAUGAUUUGGUUUAGGGAAAUGUAACCUGUGACCAUUUUUGACCCCAUUGUAAAUCUCCCUGAGCACAUGUGUUUGACCUUGGAUCAAAAUCAAAAGCAACAUUCUUCCA